AUGCUGUUACAGUCGAAAUCGAUCUUUAGAAAUCUCGCAGAAAGGCUUCUUCGACCACUGAGAAGCAAUCUCUCAUCAGUAAACAAACGCUAUGAACCAUGCACAGGCUGCGAGAGCCCUUGCAGCAAACAUGCUUCCUAUCCAAGCGAAAUCGUUCAACAGAUCGAUCAAGGUGACAUGAGUAACUCGGUGAAAAACCAUCGCCGCCAUCUAUGUAUUACGCAGUCACUUGCACCAUCUCGAUGGCCGAAAGAUGUGAAAAACUUACCUGGAGGUUACAUAAAACAAAUAAGUGAAGUGCUCAACACGAAAAAGAACACAAUUGGCUAUGGGGUACAACUAACCUCGACAUUUGUAGAUACAAAAAAUGCUUCCGAACAAACAGCAGAUUGGUAUUUGUUCCCUGAUCAGUUGAAACUAAGCAAUGUGAAUGUUAACCAAGCUGAGGCAGUCAUCGAAAAGUUAUUCGUUAAAGAUGAGUCAAUUAUUCCAAUAAAAGACAAAACCAAACCGAAUGAACGUCAUCAUGUAUUGCCUGUUCUGAGCGAAGGCAUUCGAUGCGAAAGAUUGAAUGGUGUUUGGAUGUUGAUUUGUUGCCAUUAUCAACACGAUCAACGAUGUGGAAUUGUUGGACCUAUCUUAAUUGACGAAAUUCAAAAAUAUGUUCGUCACACAAAUUCACCGCAAAAUGUUCAUUGUUUACCCAUAAGUCAUAUCGCAAAACUAGAAUUCAAAGUGUAA